AUUUUUUUGUUUAUUUAGUUUAUACAAAAUAAGAAUGUUCAGAAUAGCUCGAGCUGCUACAUAUUUUCAAAGGUACAAUCGUAACUUUCAUUUGUCUUUGACUUGCAAGUCUGUUAAAAGCGAGGAUAAUGAUCAGUUAACAAGCAAUCCAUAUUUUGAAAAAUAUGCUGAUAAAAUCAAACAGGUUAAAGAGUCAGGAAUAUAUACUAUAAAGAAAGAAAAACAAAAUCUUCAAGUUACAAAAGAGGCAGCUAAAUGGUCUGAGCAGAUUCAACAACUUGAAAUGUCUCUUUCAAAACAGCAACAGCAAAAUGCUGAAAAAGCUGGAUCAAAAUUACCAGGACAACUAGAUAAACUUAUGAAGUUAAAUUUGUUAGAAGAUAAAUCUGGGGAAGAAAUAGGAAAAAUUUGGAAUGCAUAUUUUAAAUCUGCAGACAAUGUAACAGCUGUUAUUCCUCAUACAAUAUUUGAUCACAUCAUGAAAAGAAAAAAAGAAUAUCCAAUAUUUUUAUAUCCGUUGCCCAAAUCAGAAGGAUACGAAUUUGUAUUAUCACAUUUUACAAAUCAAAAUCGUUGUUUUUUUACUUCAUUGAUUAAUUAUCAGGCUCAUGGUGACAAUGCGCCAUGGCAGUUGAGUCUGGUUUACUAUACAGAAUUUAAAGAGAGCAAAGGUAUUGUAUUGAUGGCUGGUGAGUUUGAUGUGAAAUGUAUGAAUGUUUUAGAAGUGCAAUGCUUAGUUCAACUACAACAAUUAUUUUAUGGUACGGAUAGCCCUUCUCGCUUAAAACUGUUGAUGCAAUUCAAUCGUGAACCAAAUUCUUUUAGGCACAUGGAUUUAAUAAAAGAGAUGGAAAGUAGUGAUAUGGUCGUUAAAAUGUAAUUGAAAUUCUAAUAUUUUUUACUUUUAUUUA